GCAGGCGCACUGGACUGUUCACAUAACGAACGUUAGGUGGCAAUCUCGGUGUGACGGGUGUUUUUAUAAUAAGCUCUACCUUGUUAAUGCUAUCAGAAGUUGGAAGGGUAAAUACAGGAAGGGCGAGUAUUUAGAAGAGUGAAAGCAAUAAUGACACAAAAGAAAUAAAUACGAGUUUUCUUCUCUCUCGUUAGGUCCUACAGCUACCGAGCAGCUGUUUCCUGGGGAGUUUUGUUGUGAGCGCAACCCGUGUGCGUCGCGAUAUUUGUCCGAGUGUGAGGUGUAGAGAGUUUUGUUUAUAAAAUGGAUGAAUUUAAAGCCUGUAACCUCGAUUACUUUCCUGAAAACAUUUUGAUCGACGUGCUGUCAUAUCUAAGCGUACGAGAGCUCGUCAGAGCCGGAAGGUAAGGGAAGCUUCUCUCCCCAUUGUGGAACUAAAGUCAGAGUCAACUGUCUUUGUUGUGUCUCCUCUGAGGUGUGUUUGUUGUUUUUCUGUUUUAAGAGUGUGCCAUAGAUGGAAACGUCUCGUUAAAGACCAAAGGCUGUGGAGACAUGUCGACCUAACAGCAUGGAAAGGGGUAAGAUUUGAUCGGAUGUCUUUUCUUGUACAGUGUUGCCUCUAUCCAAAACAAAUGUAGAAACACAAGAGGAUCAAUAUUCAUAUCUGACUUGUAAAAUCUUGUGUAUUCCUGAAUUCUUGGCCAUUUGCCAGGCGAUGGAAACAGUUGUUAAAGUAUUGAAAGAUGCUCUUUAAUUGAAAACAAUCCCUAUGUGUGCAAAAAAAAAAAGGAGAUGUACUUCAAAGCUUUCACCAUUUCCCACCAGACUUACCUCCACAUGUUUGUUUGACUGACACAUUUCCUUCACCUUUCUCCCCAACCUUCAACAUACAUGUCAUGGACUCUAAAUGGUGCGUUAGGUGACAUCCCGCAUUCUUUGGCUCCUGCUGCGUCAGUACCUCGGUUGUGGACUAAGAUGCCUACGGUUGCGUGGUUUGCUGCUCUCUGCCAGAGGAGGAACCUUCCUCUCUGAGUCCUGGCUCAAAGCUUUGUCCACAAAGUGCCCUCGCCUGAGUAAGCUCUACCUUCUGCAUGCAGACCUUAGAAGCUUGCCCAGUUGCCAAAUCCUACCUCCGUCCCUGCAGGUGCUUGAGCUGCGUGGGUGUGAGUUACCCAGAGAGUUUUUUAACCAAACCCCUGCUUCUCCAACCCAAGCCACAUCUAGUGUUGGUGUUCAACAACAGAGAAAAGAUAAGAAAGGAAAAGGGCUUCGCUCUCCAUCAGGGAUUGGUAUCGAGAGGUUGGUCCUUAACAAUGUGCCCUCUUUCACGGACCAGCAUCUGCAGAGUCUUGCAUCCUGGCAAAGGCUCAGUCGAUUGGAGUUGAAAGAUGCCUUUCGUGUGACUGCCAAUGGGCUCAGGAGCUGUGCUGCCAAGGAUGGUGCCCAUGGUGUGGAAGGGCUUUCAGGUCUUAAGUUUCUGGAGAUCGGUAUCACUGGGCGACAAGGCUACCAAUUACAGAUGGCCUCCCUUGGGUUGGGAGCAGGAUGGCUUGGGUUGGAGGAGCUCAGUCUGGGUGGUAAGGAGGUAGGGCCAGGCUUGCUCUGUGCCAGCCGCCUGAAGGACCUGAAGGGUCUUUGCCUCUGGGCCUGCACACUCAGUGAGAUGCAGAUAGUGCGGAGCUGCAGGAUGCUCCGUGGACUUCGUCGGUUGGAGUUCUUGGAUGUUGUUUUCCAGCCUCGAUUGUGUCCACCAGCAGCAGAUGGAGAGGAUGGUGAUGGUGGGGAAGAGCAGAACAGUGAGGAGGCUGCAGGUGAAGAUAACAGCAACAAUGAGAACAAAGCGCUAGAUAUGAAUGAUCCUAUUCCAAGUUUGCGCCGCUCACUGGCUGUCCUUCUACCAUCCUGCUCACUAGUUUUCACUAACUGCACAGUCCAAAACAAUACAGAUUAAUGUGCACUGAUACAAUUUGAUAAUUUCACUAGAAACAUUACAGAAGUAGAAUAAUUAAUAGUUAUAUUUUUUUAUUCUCUCAAGCAUAUAACUUGAAAAAUAAAUCACAAGUUUGAAGGAUCAAACUGUAGUGUGUGGCAUGCACCAAAAAAUACUCCAACAAUAAUUGUCUCAGGAUUUUUCCUGUUAAAGACUCUGGUAACAUCUUGAAUCGCAAGGCGAUUGCCAAUCUACUGCAGAGCUGCCUGGUAUCUUUGCUUUCAGGAAAUUAAUGUUGAAUAUUAUUCAGUGUCAGUCCAUAGUUAUAUUUUAGUCUUUAAUUUUUGUAAUGAUAGGAUAACUUUGCAUCAUUUUUCUUCAAACUUGAAUAAUAACCGACUUUUAUAGAGCUUCAUUGUGCUAUAGAACGUUACUGUAAAGUAUCUCACAAAACAACCAGACCACAAUGUUAUGAUGUUGAACCAGGGAAAUUAAUGACAACUUAUGUUGUCAACAUUUUAGGAUAAAAAAUACUGUGUAUAGUUCAUUGGUUGACGAUAUACAGUGUCAUAACAUAGAACUGCGUUGUCGAGUGAUUUCAGUGUGGCUCACAGUUUCACUUUCACUCUGUGUAAAAUCAAAGCUUGGCAUAUCCGGAAAAAAACAAUCAAAAUAUGUAACAGAUUGGUAGUGCAAAAGAAAAUAUGCAACUUUCAGCACUGAAAUACAGUAAAACAAGAUGUCAACGACAAAGAUAGAGAAUUGGGGCACACUGCUGGCAAUAAUCCACCUGUUUCCUGUUUCUUCACUUGUUUUCAACAAUGAACGCAUUCAGGACAUGUUUCUGUCAGGAGCAGGUGUUUGCUUUGGUGAUAAAGAGAAACAGAGAGAAUUUAAAUUGAUUAUCGUCAAGUUUCAAUUUCCUGUUUUUGUCCAAGGUAAUUUUAAAAAAAGAUAUUUAAUAAGAAACAUGUCUAUUAUUGUGUUUGUCUAUUGAUGAAGAAAAAAGCAACAACAGGAGGUCUGUGUUCUUCAGAUGAAUUGUAUUGCAUUACAACCAGCCAUUGAAAAGGGUUUAAAACUGUGAAUUAGAAAUGGUUUUCAUUAAAUAUAUUUUGAACAAUAAAAGUUUUGGAGUAUCUAUUGGCUUUUGUAAUUUCUCAGUUGAUUUGAAAAGAUGAAUGAUGAUUAAAACUUUUAUUUUAUUCUUAUGAUCUAAGUUUUAUUAAUCAUGUGUUAUGCUGCCAUUUCCUGUUUAUUUUUCACUUUUAUUUUAUUUGACUUUUUUUCUUAUUUUAAUCACUCUGUGACUUGUUUUUGAAAAGAGUUAUAUAAAUAAAACAACUGUUGCUAAAAA